AUGUUGCAUCUGUUUUGAUCUUAGUUGUCUUGGUUUGCUAUUUUAUUUAAUUUGUUUUCUGCAUUUUUAUGUAUCUUGUUUUAUUUAUGUUGUGCUUUUAUAUUUUCUAACUGCCCAGGGUAAGUGUGGAUUUGGGUCUUGAGUUGGGUAGGCACUGAAGUUGAAUUAAAUAAAUAUAAUGGCUAAGAUGCUUUUUAAAAAUUACAUCAAAGUCAAGAAAUAAUCCAAUUCAUAAUAGAGCGGACAAAGGAAGUGACUCUUCAAAAAUAUUGAAGUGAUGAAGGAUAGCACAUGUGAUUUAGAAAAUGAGUGCCAUUAAAUAAUAUUUAAUGUAGCAAAAUGUGUAUUCUGAACCUUGAUCCCACAUCUUUUUUUAAAAAAAAAUGUUUUCUAUACUUGAUACAUUGCAGAGAAAAUGUUUCAUUUUGCUACAAUGUCAGUGGUUUCUUUAGUUUACAACUGCAAUUUUUUUGGCUGGCUGGUUCUAUUUAGCAGAUGAAAAUAAAGAGAUACAUUAGUAAAUUGAAUAAACUAUAUUUUUAAAAUUGCAUAUAUCAAACAUACAUUUAUAAUCAAAGCAAGUUAUACAUAAUACAUUUAUAAACCAUACAAUUGCAUAUAGUUUAAUUCACUGGGGGAAAAAAGUUUUUCCUGAAAAAAAUGUUGACAGGGACAAGAUGUUUUUCCAUAUGCUUCCAAUAUUUCCAGAUUAUUUGUACUGGUAUUGGGAAAAGUAAGCCAUCAUUACUUAAAGUUUAAUCUUGUGGUUAACUAAUGUUAAUCACCUACACUUUGAAUGAAAACAGAAGAUAUCUACUGUGUGCAUCACGUUCCUCUAUGCCACCAUUAUCAAGGAUCCUCUAUAAUAUAGAGGAUCCUAUAACAGUUGAACAAUGCACAAUUAUUUUAUUUUCACUUUGCUCCAAUAUUACUCUGGUUUCUAAAAUACCACUCCACUCUGUUCUCAUUUUCCAGAGUUCUUAAUCUUCCUUGAGGUUCGUAUUGAUGUAGUCACUAAUAGGAUUGCUGAAAAGAUCUCUGUGUCUAUGGGAUGCUGAUUCCCCUCCGGAGAUCACUGAGGACACCAUGGCUGUGACUUUCAAAACAAUGCUAGGUCGGGUCAAGGAUGUUUGCAAAAGGAAUGGUUUACUCAUUCUCUCAGUGUUAUCUGUCAUAGUGGGAUGUCUUCUUGGAUUCUUUCUGAGGACAAGGCGUCUUUCUCCCCAGGAAAUUAGUUAUUUCCAAUUUCCUGGAGAAUUAUUGAUGAGAAUGUUGAAGAUGUUGAUUCUGCCUCUGGUUGUUUCAAGCCUGAUGUCAGGACUAGCAGCUCUGGAUGCUAAAACAUCUAGUCGAUUAGGCAUCAUUACAGUCACUUACUAUCUGUGGACUACAUUUGUGGCUGUGAUUGUGGGAAUCAUUAUGGUCUCUGUUAUCCAUCCUGGUGGGGCAGCCCAGAAGGAAGACACUGAAGAAGGUGCAAAGCCAAUCAUGAGUUCUGCAGAUGCACUGCUGGAUCUAAUUCGGAACAUGUUUCCUGCCAACCUUGUGGAAGCCACUUUUAAACAGUAUCGAACCAAAAGCAUUCCAAUUGUCAAAGUGAGCAAGACAUCCUCCGAAAGUAUUACUCGCCGAAUUAUAAUCUAUGGUGUGCAAGAUGAAAAUGGAUCCAACAUCCAGAAUUUUGCUUUGGAUAUUACACCACCACCAGAAGUGAUUUAUAAGUCAGAGCCAGGAACUAGUGAAGGCAUGAAUGUGUUGGGAAUUGUAAUAUUCUCUGCUACCAUGGGUAUAAUGCUGGGCAGAAUGGGUACCAGUGGAGUUCCCCUGGUCAGUUUUUGCCAGUGUUUAAACGAAUCGGUCAUGAAGAUAGUGGCUGUGACUGUAUGGUAUUUUCCAUUUGGAAUAGUGUUUCUUAUUGCUGGUAAGAUUUUGGAAAUGGAUGAUCCCACAGCCAUUGGGAAGAAACUAGGAUUUUAUGCUGUUACCGUACUUUGUGGACUAUUCUUUCACGGACUUGUUAUUCUGCCAAUGAUGUAUUUCUUCAUCACCAAGAAGAACCCCGUUGUCUUUAUCAGAGGCAUUCUUCAAGCACUGCUUAUUGCUCUGGCCACAUCAUCCAGUUCAGCCACUUUGCCUAUAACUUUCAAGUGCUUAUUAGAGAAUAAUCAUGUGGACCGGAGGGUUGCUAGGUUUGUGCUCCCAGUAGGGGCUACAAUCAACAUGGACGGAACAGCCCUAUAUGAAGCAGUAGCAGCUAUUUUCAUCGCCCAAGUAAACAACUAUGAACUGGAUUUUGGACAGAUCAUCACCAUAAGCAUUACGGCAACAGCUGCCAGCAUAGGAGCUGCUGGAAUCCCACAGGCUGGUCUUGUGACCAUGGUCAUCGUUUUGACAUCAGUGGGUCUGCCUACAGAUGACAUCACUCUAAUAAUUGCAGUUGAUUGGGCUCUAGACAGAUUUCGGACAAUGAUCAAUGUCCUGGGUGAUGCUCUUGCUGCUGGAAUAAUGGCACAUAUUUGCAGAAAAGAAUUCACUUCAGAAAGAUCUGAGGUGCCUUUGAUUGGAGAAACAAAACCUGUUAGUAUCCACAAAAUUAUUGCUUAUCAGAAGAAUGGCUGUUUGAAGUCCAUGAAUAAAAUGCGUGGACCUGAAGCAGUCAAAACAACACUGCAUCACUUACCUAUUCAAGUGGAACAAGAAGAGAAUCAAUCAGAACGUUACACAGAGAAAUCCAACAAUAAAGACCACUGUACUAUUGAAAUCAAUGAAUUGGAAACAAAUGUGUAAUGCACAAUUAAUCCUAAAAGUAUCUGAAAACAAAAGAAUAUCCUGUAAAUGAAGUUGGGACAUGGCCUGCUUCUUCAAUGGCAAGGCAUGAAAUGACUGUUAUUCCUGAACUGAGGUUAUAAGAUAGCUGUGGACACCUGUGAAGACAGAAGGCUUCAUGGAAGAUGGGUUCCAUUGGUUGGUUGGGUUAGUAGAAAGGAAUUAAUCACUGGACAAAUGUUGUUUACUUUGGAAAAACAGAUAUGGUGAUGUUUCUAAGAAGAAACGUUCUGAUCCAUUGAAAUGAUUUCGACUAAAUCACCCUGUCUCCCUUUUUCUAAUCAAAAUGAAUAUACCAGAAAUAUAUUAAUGUUCUAUUCUUAGUUUAAAAAUGUAUUACUAACUAACUAAUGGAUUAAAGCUAAAUUGUGGAUGGGACCAAGUCCUGGUUACUGACCCUGAGUUAUGAGAAAUAAAGUAUUGUUAUUAAUCUGCUGAUUUGGAUACACUGUGAUCAUAAGCAGUGGUUAGUUUAAAAUGAAAAUGGGUCUGCUUUCCCUACAGUUGCAAAGAUGAAAGUGGAGAGAACAGUGCAUGAAUUCAGUGGCCUUGAGAGGUCAUUAAACUACCGUUUGGUGUUACAUGUAACCUUGGUUAAAAUUGUUCAACAAAUUGUCCUUGUUUGCAGCUUCAUUCUGCAUUCUUCAAUGUUCUGAGUGAAUACUGUAGUAGUUUUCUGGUUGUAGUCCAAAGUAAUGGCUUGACACCUAAGUAUCUUUGGGACUGCCUCCUUCAGCCAGGUGAGACCUGUCUGUUCCAGGAGAAACUGUUAAUACUGUUAAUCCCCAACACCACUUUGGAAGGGGAAGGGAACUGAGGCCCAGAGGUGUUGUUUCUCUAUGAUGCCCCCGUUAUAUAGAAUGGCCUUCCUGAAGACAAGACUGGCUCCAUCAAAAAAAGCCAUCUAGAAGCUAGUUAAAAUCUAGAAGCUAGUUAAAAUUGGGGGACUAGGGAUGAAUUAUGAUAGAACUGGAGCUCUUACAUAAUUCUAAUUUUAAUUUAAAUUUAAAUUAAAGUAACUUAAUUUAAUUUUAAGUUACUGCAGAAGUUUUAGUGUUGCAUUUUACAAUUAUUAUGAAUCAUCCAAGAGUUUCUUGAUGUGACACUAUAUAAAUUUAAGGAAUGAAUGAAUAGACCAAUGUAAUCUUUAUAUCCACCAUCACAUGGAUUUCAAAUAGUCAAUUUCUAAUAGUAGUGUAGAUGGCCUUUUGACUAUGAUGGUAGCAAAAUAUAAUGAUCAUGUAUAGAAAUUCCAUUGUAUAUUAAAGAUUCUCAGAUCCCUUUCAUUUUUAUUUUGUACUAUUUGGAGAGAUAAAUUGCAACUAAUACUGUUUGUUACAUAUUAUUUUCUAUGGUUUACAAUGUAUAUACAGUAUUAUAGUAUAUUUUUGAACCGAGAAAUAUUAUGUUUUGUUUAAUGAGGUGAUAGAGAAGGGGGGUUUUAUUUUUAAGAUCCCUAAAAAUAAAGUAUCAACCCCCAUUCUAAACUUUCCCUAACAUAUUAGCCUCCCAAGUACUUCCUUCUCUUUUGCAUCUCCUUUUCUUCCACCUCUAACUUGGUAAAAUCCACAGUGACUAAAUUUGUGUUUUUCAACUGAAGUACAGGUUUAACUUUAAGAUGUAUGGGAUACUGGCUGGCAAAUUCUGAGAUUUGAAGUCCACACAUCUUAAAAUUGCUACGGUUGGGGAAAAAAACCUGGUCUAAUUAUAAAAACCCCUAACCAAAAUAACUGGUGCUAAAAAAGGCUAUACAAUGUUCUGUAAUUUAUAUAGCUUCUAUGUGUGAUAGUUUGGGCCCAAAUCCCUUGUGGUCUGAGUGUUCCCAUAAAAAUAAGUUAGAAAUUAGCAUAUGCAAUUGUGGCACAAUUUCAUUGUAAUUAUAUAUUCAAUUUAAUUAAUGUUCCUAUGAUUGCUGUCUGUAAAUACAAAUGGUUGAACUUGGUCCCUUUUCCGCCCCCACUAAUAUACACACACAAACAUGCUAUGUAAGGUAUCUUGGAUGACUUUCUUCAGAGCCAAUUCAAAUCUUCAACUCUACAGUCUUGUGCUUUUAAUUUGGCAAUGGCUUCCAUUUGGAGCAGUUUAAAGCAAGUCUGAGACAAGAAGCAAAGCUGUGACUUUUGAAUUGCUGCACCAUUCUUACAGCCCAUUAGAUGGAAAGGGGCUAGAGGGAAUUAGUGCUUUUAUAGCUUUAAUACUUGGGCUAGAAGUUUGAAUUUCUCACACAAAAAAAAAGAGUAACAUUGAAGACUCAGUUACGAAGCUCAUCUCCUGAAAGUGAACCAAAUAUUGUCAUUCAUGACCCAAAAAUAUUCGGAUAACAAAAUAGAGGAAUAUGGUGUUUAUCACCAGUGCUGUUUGCAAGGGAAAAAAAAAUAGCAUGCAAUCAAUUUAGAUUUUGGCAGCCGUGCUUAUUCCCCCUUAGGACGAGGUAUAUCUGCCAAUUUUUUAACUUGUUUCUUAUAUAUGUAUUUUAAGCAUGCCUUUCCUUUGGCAGUAGUGUCCAAAGCAGAUUUUUUUUCUUUUACCUUUGGACACUCUAGAUGCAAUAUAGCUCUAUGGAAUCAUCAGCAGUGGCCUUCACCAGGUUGGCAAUGACCAGGGUGGUGGAGAUUCUGGGCUAUAUAUCUCCCAUAAGGAAAACUUGUAAAGAAAUUGUCAUUUUGUGCUCUGUUCAAGGAAAUCUGGCUUCUUCUACAGCUGGAAACAAUUCUCUUUUUCAGUGCCUGACAUGGAAGAAGGGUUUUUGUGAAGUUUUAGCUUACAAGUCCUUGUGUGACCUCUUUCACUCUCUCUUCUUCAGUGCUCUAUCUUUUAUGUUUUGAAUGUUUAUUUCCACUGAUUAUUUAUUAUUCUUGCAAAUAUUUUAUCCCUGCCUUAUUCCUAACUGGAGAGAAAAAGAAGUUUUAUAUUUGUCUCGAUUUUUCAGGAAGAGAGAUGGGACCAUUUGGGAGGAAAAAUAUUUAUGAACUAACCCUGAAAUUGUAUUUUUAAAUGGGAAUUUGCUUGUUCUUUUUCUUUUACUCUCUCUUUCUUUCUCGUAUCCUUUGCAUAAUAAAAUACCUUCUAGUGAUUCUAAAUGAACCUUGUAUAUUAAAAUUGCUUCCAGCAAAAAUGUUUUUAAUAAAUAAGUCAUUGUGGAAAAAAAAA